AUGCGGACUGCGACAUUGGCCGGAGUCUCCGCGCAGACUCUCCUAGAGGCGAGUGCUCCUCCGGAGGAAGAGGAGGACCAGGAGCAACAGCCAGAGGGGCCGCAAAUGACGGAGGGCGAGCUGAAGAACGGCAGCCGCGUCGAGAUCUUUGGCUUAGAGUCUGAGAGCGGUAAAGCCCUCAACGGCCAGGUCGGGCACAUUGCUGGCUUUUUGGAGGAGAAGGGCCGGUACCAGGUUACUUUGGCUCCCGACAAAGUCGUCAGCCUUAAGCCAGACAACCUGAAGCAGCUGCCUGCUGAAAGUGGACCGACGCAGGAGUCAGCGGGAGGUGCCGAUGCCUCCGGCCAUGUGUUCCAAGCUGGAGAAAGGGUGGAGGUGAGUGGCCUCGAGUCAGAAGCGGGGAGGAAACUCAACGAGCGCGUGGGCAUCACGAAGGAGUUUCUCGCAGACAAGGGUCGAUGGACGAUCGAGAUGGAGGACACCAAAGAGGUGGUCUCGGUGAGGCCUGCGAACCUAAGCUUCGUGGACAAAGCGGCCGAUGAAGGCUCCGGCUCCUCCAGC